AUGUCACAAGUUCAAACCUCUUAUUCAUAUGAUGUCCCAAAGGACUUUAUUGACUUUACAUCUUUGGAUGAUGAAGGAGACACUGAAAACAUACAUUCAUGAUUUGAGGAGAAGGCCGAUUUGGAGAAUAAGCUUCUUGGGAAGAAUGGAACAGGAGGACCUUUUCAGAGCAAAACUCCUUUGAGAAAAUCUAAUCUUCAGCAAGCUAUUGUCAAAUCUUUGAGACCAGUUAAGAACACUUAUUACAAAGAGGCAGAAAAAGAAAAUUUUGUGGGACAAUCAAUUUCAUCAAAUACUUGUUCUUCCUUGGAAGUUGAGGGACCUGUAUCAAGAAAAACUCCAGCCCAACCACAGAGAAGAUCUAUUAGACUCUCUGCUCAGAGAGAUUUGGAACAGAAAGGAACAGAUCAUGAGAAAAUGAAAGCCAAGAGAUGUGCCACUCCUGUGGUCUUAGACGAAAUUCCACCCCCUGAAAAAAUGAAAGUUUCUAACAAGAAAAAGAAGCCAGAGGAAGAAGAUAGUGCUCAUCAAGAUACUUCUGAAAAGAAUGAGUCUUCCCCAGAGAAAGAAAAGGGCAGACGUACUGUGCCCUUUAUACUACCCGUAAGGCAGAAGAUUCUGAAAAGUACUGAGGAACAAGACUUGGAGAAGAGAAUGAAGAUGCAGCAGGUGGUGAUGGAGAAGCAGAGAAAGAAUGAAGAAUUCAAGAAAUUUGCUCUUGCAGGAGCAGGGCAACCUGUGAAGAAAUCAGUGAGCCAGGUAACCAAAUCAAUUGACUUCCACUUCCACACAGAUGAGCGCAUUAAGCAACAUCCUAAGAACCAAGAGGAGUAUAAGGAAGUGGACUUUACUUCUGAACUUCAAAAGCAUCCUUCAUCUCCUGCCCAAGUGACUAAGGGAUGUACCAUUUUUAAGCCUUUCAACUUGUCCCAGGGAAAGAAAAGAGCAUUUGAUGAAGCAGCUUCUACAUAUCUGCCCCUUGCGCAGCAGGUUGAAGCCUUCCAUAAACAAACCCCUAACAGAUAUCAUUUGAGAAGCAAGAAGGGUGAUAUUAGUCUGUUACCUUCCAAAUCUUCUGUGGCCCAGAUCUCCAGAGAUCCACAGACUCCUGUACUGCAAACCAAACAGCACACAAGGCCUGUGACCUACAAAAGUGCUGCAGAUCAGGAGGCUGAGGAGCUUGAGAAACUGCAACAAUACAAAUUCAAAGCACGUGAACUUGAUCCCAGAAUUCUUAAAGGUGGGCAUAUCUUAACCAAGAAACCACCCAUGAAACCACCCACUCAGCCUAUUGGCUUUGAUUUAGAAAUUGAGAAAAGAAUCUAAGAGCAAGAGUCAAAGAAGAAAUCAGAUGAUAAACACUUUGAAUUUCAUUCCAGACCUUGCCCUACUAAGAUUUUGGAAGAUGUUGUGGGUGUUCCUGAAAAGAAGGUACUUCCAAUCACUGUCCCCAAGUCACCAGCUUUUGCACUGAAGAACAGAAUUCGGAUACCCACCAAAGGAGAUGAGGAAGAAGAUGAACCAGUAGUGGUAAGAGCUUAACCUGUGCCACAUUAUGGGGUGCCUUUUAAGCCCCAAAUCCCAGAGGCAAGAACUGUGGAGUUAUGCCCUUUCUCCUUUGAUUCUCAGGACAAAGAACAUCAGUUAAAGAAAGAGAUGAAAAUAAGAGAACUGCAGAAAGAGGAGGUACCCGUGUUCAAGGCACUUCCCUUGCCUCAUUUUGACACUAUUAACCUGCCAGAGAAGAAGGUAAAGAAUGUGACCCAGGUUGAGCCUUUCUGCUUGGAGACUGACAAAAGAGGUGCUCUGAAGGCGCAGAUUUGAAAGAACCAGCUGGAGGAAGAACUGAAACAACAGAAGGAAGCAGCUUGUUUCAAGGCUCGUCCAAACACCGUCAUCUCCCAGGAGCCCUUUGUUCCCAAGAAAGAAAAAAAAACAGUUACUGAAGGCCUUUCUGGUUCUCUAGUUCAGGAACCUUUUCAGCUAGCUACUGAGAAGAGAGCCAAGGAGCAGCAGGAGUUAGAGUAGAGAAUGGUUGAGAUUGAAGCCCAGAGAGGCCAGCAGUUGGAGGAAGCCAGGCAACAGGAGGAAGAACGGCAGAAGGAAGAGCUAGCCAGGCUACAGAAAGAACUGGUGCAUAAGGCAAAUCCAAUAUGCAAGUACCAGGGUGUGGAGGUAAACUCAAGUGACCAGCCUUUGACUGUGCCUGUAUUUCCCAAGUUCUCUACCCAAUUCCACUGCUAA